ACUGAACCCAGCAGUGCUGCUGCCGAUUGGCCCGGGGGGGACGGGGGGGGGACGGGAGAAGAUCUCGUACCUGCCAGGUGGAGGUGAGUGCCGCUUCCUCACUGGCUGAGAGCAGUUAAAUGGGAGCGGCGUGGACUCCUCCCACUUCCCCCCCAUCGUCUGCACAAAAGCAGCCGAGGAGCGGCAAAGAGAAGGAAACGAUGCCAGUGGUGGAGUUCUGAGUCGGACCAGAGCCAGGGAGUAAGACAGCCGAGAGAGUCGCAGAGUCACGUUUGUGGAAAGCUGACAGGCAGAUCGCUCGCUCGCUCCGACACACGGCAGACAUGGCCUCCGUCGCUCCCUUCAGCCGCAGGCAGUGGGCGUCCCAGUCCCUGAGGGUCACCGCCAAGGAGCUGUCCAUCGUCUCUGCCCGCGGGAAAACCAACGCCAUCGCAGAGCGCUUCUCCAAGUAUCAGAUGGCAGCAGAGGAGGGAAACGCAGAGAAGAAGAAAUCGGUCGCGGAACCUCUGCCCUCAGCGUUGCGAAGUGGGAAUCUAAGUGUUUUAAAGAAACGCUGGGAGCAGCCGCAGCCGUCUUCCAGCCACAGAGCCCAAACUCAGGAGGCCACGCCCUGCGGCCCUGCCGACCCUCAGACCCACGUCAGGCAAUCGACGGGCCCCAGCCCGACACCCAGGUCUCUUCUGCUCCAGACCCAGUCGGACAGCCUGAGAAGCGCCACCGCUGAGCCGCAGACACAGGUUCACUCUGAGACCAGCGAGUCCACCUCCAGCCAGCUGCAGUCAGCUCAGCCGGGCGAGCCCACAGACAUGGAGGAGCAGCCAAGCAGAGGUUCAGAGGAGCGGGAGGGAGCAGCAGCAGCUGCUGAAGUGCCCGAAUGUGAGAAACCCAGCGUUCCCCUCAACAGCCUCAAGAAGAUGUUCGAGACGGGAGAGAACCUGACCGACAAGGUGUCCCGAGAGCGGACGAGCAGGGGCGACAGCAGUGAUACUGCCAACAUGGAGCCGCUACUAGGAGAUGGAAGUCUUGCAGACUCCACUCCUCUCCGGGACCGGAUGGCCCUCUACCAAGCUGCCAUCUCCAAACAGGAUGUCGCUGUUGUCACUGAACAUCAUAUCUCCGUCUUUCAGGGUGAUCAGCUGGACAGUUUCAGUGGGAAGCAGAAGGAGAAUGUGCCUCCGUGCACUCUGGACAUGAGUCCGGAGUCGCUGGAACCGAACGGCAGGAAAGGUUUAGCAGCAGAGAGCAAUGGUUCUGGUCCCGGCACCCCGGCGUCCUCCAAUCAGAAAGACUCGUCUCAGCCCAAGACUCCCAGGAACUUCCGGCUGCCGGUGAGGGAGACCUGCGUGUCGUGUCUGAAGACGGUCUAUCCUCUGGAGAGACUGGUGGCCAACCAGCACGUCUACCACAGCUCCUGCUUCCGCUGCUCGCACUGCAACACCAAACUCAGUUUGGCGAACUACGCCUCCCUGCACAACAACGUCUACUGCAAGCCGCACUUCUGCCAGCUCUUCAAGGCCAAGGGCAACUACGACGAGGGCUUCGGCCACCGGCCCCACAAGGAGCUGUGGGAGAGCAAGGGCGAGGGCGACACCCCGCCACAGAGCAAGCCGACGGCCCAGAGCCCGGCUCCGGCCGCGGACCUGGAGAGCCCCAGCGUGGAAGACUCCCCGCUGGCCAAAGUCAACGUUCUGAUGGCCACCAUGGAGGCUCUGGGACAGGGGUCAUCGGAGAAGGCCGACAGGCCCACCGAGAGCCGCCGGCUGAAAAUCUCCUGGCCGCCGCGCACAGAGGCGGAGGAGGGCGGCGGCGGCGCAGCCGCUGCGACCACAGACGACGGGGGCUCCGCUGGUAAACUCAUCAAAGCCAAGUGGCCUCCAGAGGAAGACUCCCCCUCCUCGGCCGCCGAACAGGCCAGAGAGAUGUCCUGUCUGCGCCGGAGCUCCUCCCUGAAGGAGCGCAGCAUGCCCUUCACACUGGCAGACAGUCCUGCUCCCGUGGCCAGAAGGCAGAGUCCACCUCCUCCCGUGGACGAGCAGCAGCUCGGCCCCGAACCCUCGAGCAUGAUGGAGCUGCAGCACGGCGCCGGCGGCAGCCAGUCGUCGGACAGCCACACGCCCACUGAAGACAGCUGUGUGGACGUUCACACCAGCUCCGGAGAGGAGGAGGAGGAGGAGGAGCAGCAGGAGGGGGAGAUGAAGAGCGACGACAUGUCAGACCAUCAUGUUCGCCAGGAGGAAGACGACUCUCUGGGAGGACAACCUGAGCUGCAGCAGCAGCAGGAGGAGGAGGAAGAGGAGAAGAUGGAGGAGGAAGAUGGCGGUGCGUUGGAGGAGAUGCCAACAGAGCCCACGGCCAUCUCGUCCCCCGAGGCCGAGGUGGAGGCCAGCCAGUCGUCUCAGGACGUGGGAUUCUGGGACAGCGAGGAGGUGGAUGAUAAAGAGGAGGAGCAGGAGGAAGAGGUGCCGUCGGUGGAGGAGAUGAUCAAACGAAACCGAUACUACGAGGACGAAGAGGAGGAAGAGGAUGUGUAGACCCGGGCGAUCUGCUCUUGGCCAACAAGUUGACAGCCAUAAACACUUUCACGACUUUUCGCCAUUCCCUUUUUUUGGUCGUUUUCUUCUUCUCCUUCUCUCAGAAGAGAGUUGCUGUGGUGUCUAGUGUGAGCUCUUUAUUCGUGCCUCUUCGUACAGAAAGUCAUUUCCGGCCACAUAGUUUUUACUUGUCAUCGUGUCUCUCCGACGCGAUUUUGUUUUUAAAAGUACAAUAUUUAAAAAUUACGCCCCCAUAUCAUGAAUAUUUUUAGAAGAGAAAUGUCCGAAGGCUGUGACACAUUGAAUACACAUUUUACUCAUGUACACGACUGUUGUAAUUUUCCCUUUUUUUCAUUGGAUGCCUCAUAAUCUGUGAAGCCAAGCGACAUGGUUUUAUUUUGCCAAGAUGUGGGAAAUUUACUGCUGGUGUGUACAGUAUCUCUAAAACACACGACGUCCAUCUCUUACCGUUUUUUAAAUAAAUGCAGGGUUUGGUGGGUUUUCUGUAGACAAUGAAUCUGUCACUUUCUUUUCAGUUGCCAUGGAAAAAAAAAAUACUCAUGUUGUUUUUGUUUGCUUUUUGACGACUUAUAACUGGAUCUGAAUGUUUGUUUUUAAAAACCAGGGACCAAAUAUCCUUAAACUGCUACUGUUUAAAUAAAUUUGUUAUAUAUGAAA